AUGGGCGGGGAGACACGUAACCCCCGGUUUCUGGCCACGGCGGCGCUCCUCCUCGUCGCUGCGGCGCUGCACCCGGCGGUGGCGGCCUUCUCAGAGCUGCAGACCCUCCGCUUCUCGGAGGGCUACUCGCCGCUCUUCGGAGAGGGCAACCUUGUCCGCUCCGCCAACGACCGCAAAGUCCGCCUCAUCCUCGACCGCUACACCGGUAAAAGAUUCGAAAACUCCCUCCGCUGCCGUCUUCUCCUGCGGCGGUGCCGCCGCCGCCCUGACUCUCCCUUGUUCCUUCCCUGCUAGGCUCUGGCUUCAUAUCCUCGGACCUCUACGAUCACGGCUUCUUCAGCGCCAAGAUCAAGCUCCCUUCAAACUACACCGCCGGCGUCGUCGUCGCCUUCUACGUAAGUCAACCAGACGAUUUGAUUAUCCUCUCCAUCAGCCAUAUCUAUCCAGAAAGAAGAAGUAGCAGAGAGAGAGAGAGAGAGCGCUGAGAUGGGAGAGGAUUUUUCUUUCUCAUGGUCUGCGUCUGUGCAUGCAGACGUCAAACGGGGACAUCUUCAGGAGGAACCACGACGAGCUAGACUUUGAGUUCCUGGGGAACCCCCGCAGAGGCAGCUGGCGGCUGCAGACGAACAUCUACGGCAAUGGCUCCACCCACCGCGGCCGCGAGGAGCGCUACAACCUUCCCUUCGACCCCACCCGCGAAGCCCACCGCUACUCCAUCUUCUGGUCCCCCGACACCAUCCUGUAACUUUCCCUCCUCUUCUUCUUCUUCCUUUUCCUCCUCAAGCGGCGAUAAUCUCAUGUUCCGUUCUGUGGUUGCAGUUUCUACGUGGACGAGACGCCGAUCAGGGAGGUGCGGCGGAGCGCCGCCAUGGGGGGGGAGUUUCCGGCGAAGCCCAUGGCCCUCUACGCCACCAUAUGGGACGGGUCCUCGUGGGCCACCGGCGGCGGGAGGUACAAGGUGGACUACAACUCCUCCCCCUUCGUGGCAGAUUUCUCCGACCUCGUCCUCUCCGGCUGCAAAGUCGACCCCAUCCAGAUGAUGCCAAGCUCCGGCAGCCGCUGCGCCGCCGCGGAGGCGGAGCUUCUCGCCGGUGACUUCGCCGCCGUUGACCCCCAGGGCCGCCGCGCCAUGGCGAGGUUCAGGGAGAAGAACCUGAUCUACUCUUUCUGCUACGACUCAUUCCGCUACUCCGCCGCCUUCCCCGACUGCGAAAUUGUCCCUGCCGAGAAGGAGAGGCUGGACGGCACCGGCCACCUGAAACUCGCCGGCCGCCGCCGCCGCCGAUCCCCUUGCCGCCGAUCCCGUGACGUCAUGUGA